AUGCUAUGUGCACUUUCAAUCUGGCUUGUCUCAGCCAACCCACUCCAUCGUUUCUCCAGAGAAGCUCCAUGGGCAGAAUCCAGAUCAAAUCAGGCCCAUGUUAAAACAGAAGCGUCCAAGAGCAUGGAUUCGAGUUACAAAAGCCACAUCGACAGCAGCAGCCUUUACAUCCAGGAGGCCAAGCACCAGGUGGCUGCAGAGGUCCAGCACAAGCUGAGCUUGGAAUCAGAGCGCCUGAGAGUCCGCCUUCACCAGGAGCUGGCGGAGCUCAGGGAGAAGCUGUCACCGCCUCCAUCCCACAUCAGCUCUUCUGUGAGGGACCUAAGGGAGCGUCUUGCCCCUCUUGUGAUGCAGCUCCAGACCUCCCUGACCUCCAACACACAGGAGCUGUGUGUCCAGGUGCGUCUGUACCUCCAGAGCAUAGAAGCUGCUGCCCCUUCAGCUCCGGAUGGACAAACGCUUCAGCAGAAGAUCUUACAGAGAAUAGGCUUGACCCUGGACCUCAGCAGCUCCAAGAUGGCAGACAUCAUUCAAGACUUUGACAGUGAAGCCAGCAAGGUGAUGGGAAACUUUAAAGAUUUAGAGCCAGCCCGUUCAGAGGUGUGGCAGAAGUUUAGCUCCAGACUAUCACAAGAAGUAGGCUCUCUGCAGAUGGAAGCACAAAGCAGAGUGGAGAUGCUUCUGGAGGAGCUGUCUUCUCUGCAGACGUCUUCACAAGGGUUUGAAGACGGAAUGAGCCCAAAGAUGGAGCGGUUCUGUCUCAAUGCUGUUCUUCAGAACCAGCUGUUUUCGGCAAUAAUGGAGAGACUGUUUGUGGAUCUAGGAGAGCAGUUAGCGGCCACAGAAUCUGCUCAGACUCCAGCCUCUUCCUCUCCACACGGUGGAUCACUGCAGGGCGACUUCUCUCACGAACUGUCUUCCCUCCUUCAGGACAUUGUGCAUUCUGUGCAGUGA